AUGAGAUCUGCGAUCCUCGUCGUGCUCGCCGUGCUUGUAUUACAGGUGGAAUGGACUUUGCCUUGUACCUUCCAACGAGAGGAUGUGCUGCACGUUGAACAUUUGCAUGGAUUUACGACUACCGAAGCCAACUGCUUUGCUAAGUGUCUCAAUCAACAAAUGUGCAUAGGCCUUUGCUAUGGGCAGGGUAGUGUGACUUGUUAUCUCUUCGCUGAUGGUGACAAGGAACAACGUUCCUCUGCUGCUUAUCAAUGCUACUCUCUUCACCGCGACUCGGUGAAACCGCCUCAGUACACAAGAAAACUGAGUUUCAUCAAAACGGCUUCGGGAUGGACGCUUAAGCUUUAUGGAGAAAAGCAAGUAGCUGAUUGA